UAGAACUCCCGUUUCCGGUUCCGGUUCAGUACUAUCCUCCACAGACAGGUGAAAUGUUGACCCGUCUGUCGCGGUUCGGGCCCGCUCUGCCCCGGUUACUCUCUACUCCGCCGGCCCGGUGUGUCUCCCAGUCCCAGCCGACCGGUUCCGCCGCCGUGACGGAGCUGUACCCGGCCGCGGAGCCGGCCGCGCACGGCGAGGUCAGCCCGUAUGUCAAGAACCCCGACUACCACGGCUUCUCCACCGACCCCGUGGUGGACGAGUGGAACAUGAGGGUGGGCUUCUUCUUCGGCGUCUCGGUGGCCCUCGUCAUCGGGGGGACGUUCAUCCACUACCUGCCCGACCACGGCAUGCGGCAGUGGGCCCGGCGGGAGGCGGAGCGAGUGAUCCAGCUGAAGGAGCAGGAGGGUCUUCCCCUCAUCGACCAGAACUACUACGACCCAAACAAGCUGGUUCUGACCGCGGCCGCAGAGGACGAGUAGCAGGUCCAACGCCUCCAUGGCUCAUGUGUUCUGACUUAAUAAAGAUGUUCCUUUUGUGUGGA